CAGCCAAUCACAGCGCAGCCCUGAACCCGGCCGGUCACCGCGGAGCGGCGCACACAGCUGCAGUCUCGCGAUGGAUCGACUGAGCGCGGUGUCCUCCGCGUGGCUGUGGCUGGACGGCCGCAGCCUGCUCCUCUUCGCUCUGGUCCUGCUGCUGACCGCAGAGUAUCUGAGGGCCCGCCGGCCCCGCAGCUUCCCCCCGGGGCCCCGGGCUUUUCCUCUCGUGGGCAACAUGUUCUCCCUGGACCCCGGCAAAGUCCAUGGAGACAUGACGGAGGCAACAACGUGGAUACGGUGCUGCUGACCCGGCGUGCAGUCUCUGUGUUGCGCGUGACCAGCGC